CUGAAAUGACUUCCCAAGCGGGAAUGCAUGGCCUUGAUCAUCUAGGAAGUCUUUUCCAACAGUAGCGAUUGUAUGACCUUAUGAUUCAUUGCUGUAUUCUACUCUGUUACUCUAUGUAGGAGCACUAGAUGUAGAGAAAAGCCUCUUCUGUGUAAGUGUAUAAUGAAAAAGUCGAAGUGAUGUCUAGAGAAUGGGGAGAAAUCAAGCUGAUUCAGAGCAGCCACAGAUGUGCAGUUGGAAAGUACCAAGGUCCAAAAUAUUAGGCCCGUCCUUAUAGUGUGGUAUUCGGGGACAGAACGUUUUGACUGUUCAUAGGAAUUUCCCAGACUGUUUUGAUCUGCAGAGUGGCUUUUUGGAGGAAAAAGUUCUUCAAGAACAAAGACUGGUACAAAAAAUUAUGCAGUUGCAGGGAGAUGAUUGUGCUUCGAGGUCUAAAUAAAUAAUUAGUAACAUUCUGCAGGUCAUAUUCGAAGGACAUUAUAUCACCAUUAGAAAAUAUUUUCCAGUGCGGUAGAAAUAUCACAACCCCAGGAGGCAUGUUAUUUGUGUCUGGUCGUGAUCAGCUAGAUGAUCGAAGAAGAGAUAGGGUAAAGAAAAGCCGAGGCUGGAGGUCCCCGGUGCACGGGACCUGAUGUCUCAGCGGCGAAUGUCCCGCAGAGAUGGGGGAGAAAAGACAGGGCGGGCACUGCUCGUCAGCGCUCGGUGCGUGCAGUGCCGGGAGGAGGCUGCGGGCGCCGCUGUUGACCGAGAGGAGCGAGAGGAAGGUCGGAGCGCUGCAGCCCCGCCCGCUGCGGCCCGGCUCGAUCGCUGGAUCGCUGGAUUCCUGGGUCGGGAAGCGGUCUCGUUCCGAUCGUCCCGGCGGUGCGGAUCCGAGCUCCAGCGAGGCGGAGGGGCGGGCGGCACUUCCCAGGAACGGCAAGUCGGAGCCGGAGCGGCAGCCGGAGCGGGGAUCGGCGGCGGGGAUCUGCCGGCGGUGUUGCGGUGCCGGCGGUGCGGCGGCGGCGAUGUGCGCGGCGGGGAGGCGCUGGGGCCGGCGGCAGCGAGUGCUGCUGUGGGGCGUCCUGCUGGCGGCCUGGGAGGCGGCGUGGGGGCAGCUGCGCUACUCGGUGCCCGAGGAGAUGCCCAAGGGCUCGUUCGUGGGCGACGUGGCCAAGGACCUGGGGCUGCAAAUGCCGGCGCUCCCAGACAGCGGCGUCCGCAUCAUAGACAGAGGUAGGACACAGUAUUUCGUUCUGCACGGGAAGACGGGACAUUUAGUGACGGCCGAGAGGAUCGACAGAGAGCAGCUUUGCCGGCUGGUGGAGCAAUGCGUGCUGCGCUGUGAGCUGAUAGUGGAGGGGGAAAUGAAGUUUUAUGAAAUCGAAGUGGAAAUCAUGGACAUUAACGACAACGCGCCCACCUUCAAAGAAAUCGAACUGGAAGAGAGCAUAAGCGAGACGACAGCCCCGGGAUCGCAUUUUCCCCUCCCAGACGCUCACGAUCCGGACUCGGGACAGAAUUCCCUGCAGAGCUACGAGCUGAGCGGCGACGAGCACUUCUCGCUGGCCGUGCAGACGGGCCCCGACGGGGAUCAGCGUCCCGAGCUGGUGCUGGCGAAGGCGCUGGACCGGGAGGAGGCGGCGUUCCACGAGCUGGUGCUGAAGGCGAGCGACGGCGGCGAGCCGGCCCGGACGGGCACGGCGCGGAUCCGCGUGACGGUGCUGGACGCGAACGACAACGCGCCCGUGUUCAGCCAGGCGGAGUACACGGUGCGUGUGCCGGAGGACGUGCCCGUGGGAUCCGUCCUCGUCACUGUCACAGCCACCGACCCCGACGAAGGUCUGAACGGGCACGUGAGAUACAGUUUCCACAGAAUUUCAGAUCGGGCGUCCGAACUUUUUGACCUGGAGUCAAAGACAGGAGAAGUAACCCUUCAGAAUUAUUUGGAUUUCGAGGAAAUGUCCUCACAUGAACUGGAGGUUCAGGCACGGGACGGGGGAGGGCUUUUCCACACGGCAAGAGUAACGAUCACCGUGACAGAUGUCAACGAUAAUGAGCCCGAACUCACAGUAUCGUCGGCAGUGAGUGAGAUUUCUGAGGACGCCCCGUCGGGUACUGUUGUGGCCCUGCUGCACGUGCAGGACCGAGACUCGGGGGCCAACGGUGAGGUGCGCUGCUCCCUCGACAAGGGAGUCCCGUUCCGGCUGGAGAGCGCGAAAGGCAGCUUCUACCGCGUGGUGACAGCGAGAGAGCUGGACCGGGAGCAGGAGUCGGAGUACAACGUGACGGUGCGGGCGGCCGACGGCGGUCGUCCGUCGCUGCAGAGCAGCAGGGUGCUGUGUGUGCGGGUGCUGGACGUGAACGACAACGCGCCGGUGUUCUCGCAGGAGCGCUACAGCGCUCGGCUGCCGGAGAACAACGUGGCGGGCUUGCUGGUGCUGCGGGUGCGGGCGACGGACUCGGACUGGGGGGAGAACGCGCGCGUGCGGUACCGGCUGGGGGAGGGUGGUGUGCGGGGCUCGCCGCUGUCGUCGUACGUGUCGGUGCAGGCGGAGACGGGCGCGCUGUACGCGCUGCGCUCGUUCGAUUACGAGGAGGUGCGCGAGGUGGGGCUGUGGGUUUGGGCGGAGGACGGCGGCUCGCCGGCGCUGAGCAGCAACGUGUCGGUGCGGCUGGUGAUCGUGGACGAGAACGACAACGCGCCGCAGGUGCUGUACCCGCCGCCAGCGGGGGCUUUGUCGGGCUCGGUGUGGUCGGGCGUGGAGCUGGCGGCGCGGUCGAGCGAGGCCGGCGCGCUGGUGGCCAAGGUGGUGGCGGUGGACGCGGACGCGGGUCAGAACGCGUGGCUGUCGUACGAGCUGGCCAAGGCGACGGAGCCGGGGCUGUUCCGCGUGGGGCUGCACAGCGGCGAGGUGCGCACGGCGCGCUCGCCACUGGCCCGCGACGCGGCGCGCCAGAGCCUGGUGGUGCUGGUGAAGGACCACGGGCGGCCGGCGCUGUCGGCCACGGCCACGCUGAGCGUGGUGCUGGCCGAGAGCGUGGCCGAGCUGCUGGCCGAGCUGGGCAGCGCGGCGCGGGCGGAGGCGGAGGCGGGGGCGGGCGAGGCGGGCGGCAGCCUGACGCGCUGGCUGGUGCUGGCCGUGGCCGCCGUGUCGUGCCUGUUCGUCGCCUUCCUGCUGCUGCUGCUGGCGCUGCGCCUGCGGCGCUGGCGGCGCUCGCAGCAGCAGCUGCUGGCGGCGGGCAGCGGCGCCUUGCGCGGCGUGCCGGCCACGCACUUCGUGGGCAUCGACGGCGUGCGCGCCUUCCUGCACUCCUACUCGCACGACGUGUCUCUCACGGCCGACUCGCGCAAGAGCCACCUCCGCUUCUCGGCCGCCAGCUGCUGCGACACCCUGCCGGCCCGGCCGCCGCCCGACGAGCCCGCGCCGCUGCUCGGAGACGAGGAACCUGCCGGUGCCCGCCCCGCGGACCCCGCCGCUCCUCCGCCCCAGCCCGGCCCAAAGUUGGUCCCCGCCGGGCGCGGCCGUGAGGCGGCUGCAGUGUUGUGUCGGCGCCUCCGGGUGCCGCUGUUGGGCCGCCGCCGAGCGUUGCUGGAGCCGCCGCCGCCGCCGCCUGUGCGUGCUGUCCCCGCAGGCUGCUGGCUCGGGCGGGCAGUGCGGGCCAGAGCGGCAGCGGCACGGGCAGCAGAGGCGAGAGGCGGCGCGGGCAGCAGAGGCGUGCGAGUUGGAGGCGGCGGCGGGCCGGGUUUGCUUUGUCGGGCGCUGCUGGGGCUGCGCAGAGCGGCUGCGAGGGAGGCGGGGCGGCGGCAGGAGCCUUGCGAGCUCGGCGAGCGAGCGCUGUGGGCGAUGUCGGGCGGGCGGAGGGCGAGCGGCGGGCCGGGCGGCGGGCGAGCGCUGGGGCUGGGCGCUGUGCUGCUGUGGCUGUGCUGGCGGGCGGCGGCGGAGCGGCUCCGCUACUCCAUGGCCGAGGAGCUGCCCAGAGGCUCGCUGGUGGGGCCGCUGGCCCGGGACCUGGGGCUCAGCGCCGACGAGCUGCCGGCGCGCAAGCUGCGGCUCAGCGCGGACAAGCAAUACUUCACGGUGAGCGAGGAGAACGGGAACCUGUACGUGAGCGAGAGGCUGGACCGGGAGGAGCUGUGCGGCGAGUCGUUGUCCUGCUCCGUCAGCUUCGAGGCGCUGGUGCACAACCCGCUAAAUGUUUUCCGUGUCGAAGUGGCCAUUGAGGACGUGAAUGACCAUUCCCCGGUCUUCAGCAAGGAUGCCCUGGACCUCGAGAUCGGUGAAUUAAUUCCUCCCGGUGCUCGUUUUCCUUUGGAGAUGGCCAGAGAUGCAGACGUGGGAAGUAAUUCCCUGAUUACUUAUCAACUCAGCAGCAACCCAUCCUUCAGUCUGGCCGUGAAGGAGAUCACGAGUGGAAAGAAGCAGCCUGAAUUAGUGCUGGAGAGAGCGUUGGACCGGGAGAAGCAGAGCUCCUUUGAGCUGGUGCUGACGGCAGUGGAUGGCGGGGACCCUGCGAGGUCCGGGACUGUUCAGGUUCGCGUCAACGUGACGGACGCCAACGACAACCCGCCCGUGUUCAGCAAAAACCUCUACGAGGCGAGAGUGGUGGAGAAUCUGCCGGCAGGUUCGCUGGUGCUGCAGGUGCGGGCCACGGAUGCGGACGCGGGGUCCAAUGGGCGAGUCUCCUACUCCUUUGUCAACGUCCCGGCCGGAAUCCGCGAGUUGUUCUCUAUCGACAAAGAGAGUGGUGAGAUCAGGACCGAGAGGCCCCUCGAUUUCGAGGAGGCGAAUAAAUACAGCUUCAGUCUGGAAGCAAGGGACGGGGGCGGACUCACUGGUCACUGUGAAGUUCAGAUAGACGUCACAGACGAGAACGACAACGCACCAGAAAUCACCAUUCUGUCAAUGUCGAGCCCCGUACCUGAGGACGCACCAGUUGGCACCGUGGUGGCUCUGCUGAAAGUGCGGGAUCGGGACUCCGGCGAGAACGGUGAGGUGUCGUGCGAGCUGUCGGGAGAGGCGCCGCUGUCGAUCGUGGCGUCGUCGGGCGGCUCAUACAAGGUGGUGACGGCGAGCGCGCUGGACCGCGAGCAGGCGUCCGAGCACCGCGUGACGGUGGUGGCCCGGGACCGGGGCAGGCCGGCGCUGUGGAGCAGCAGGGAGCUGUUGCUGGAGGUGUCGGACGUGAACGACAACGCGCCGGUGUUCGAGGAGGCGUCGUACAGCGCGUACGUGCGGGAGAACAACGCGGUGGGCUUGCUGGUGUUGCGCGUUGUGGCUCGGGACUUGGACGCGGGCGCGAACGGGCGCGUGAGCUACUGGCUGUCGGGCGGCAGCGCGGGCGCGGCGGGCGCGGCGCCGCUGGUGUCGGUGGAGGCGCGGAGCGGCGCGGUGUACGCGCAGCGCUCGUUGGACUACGAGCAGUGCCGCGAGUUCUCGGUGGCCGUGCGGGCGCAGGACGGCGGGUCGCCGGCGCGCAGCUCGACGGCCACGGUGCGCGUCUUCGUGCUCGACCAGAACGACAACGCGCCGCGGGUGCUCUACCCGCCCCCGCCGGCGGCAGCGGGAUCAUCCCCGGGCUCGGUGGGUUCGGCUUUCGAGGUGGUGCCGCGUUCGGCGUCGUCCGGGUACCUGGUGGGCAAGGUGGUGGCGGUGGACGCGGACGCGGGGCGCAACGCGUGGCUGUCGUACGAGCUGGUGCAGGCGUCGGAGCCGGCGCUGUUCCGCGUGGGGCUGCAGAGCGGCGAGGUGCGCACGGCGCGGGCCGUGUCGGAGAGGGACGCGGCCAAGCAGCGCCUGGUGGCCGUGGUGAAGGACCACGGCGAGCCGGCGCUGUCGGCCACGGCCACGCUGCACGUGGUGCUGGCCGAGAGCUUGCAGGAGGCGCUGCCGGAGCUGAGCGAGCGGGCGGCGGGCGCCGAGGCGGCGGGCGAGCUGCAGUUCUACCUGGUGCUGGCGCUGGCGCUGCUGUCGGCGCUGUUGGUGCUGAGCGUGGCGCUGGCCGUGCUGGCGCGGCUGCGGCGGGCCGGGCCGCCCGCCGUGCUGCGCUGCCUGGGCGCGCAGCGCUUGUCGCUGGCCGGCGCCGCCUUCCCGGCCGACUUCUGCGAGGGCACCUUGCCCUACUCCUACAACCUGUGCGUGGCGGCGCCGCCCCGCUUGGCCGCCGAGGCCGCUUGGCCGCCGCCGCCGCUGCCCAUCGUGCCCGCGGAGGAGCUUGUGGCCGGGGAGCCCUGCGAGAAGCCGAGCCCGAGCAGCAGCGCCGUCGUGGAGCAGCCGCUUGUCGACCCCGGCGCACUUCAGGGCGGGCAUGUCUCGUUGGCGCUCGGUGCGUGCAGUGCCGGGAGGAGGCUGCGGGCGCCGCUGUUGACCGAGAGGAGCGAGAGGAAGGUCGGAGCGCUGCAGCCCCGCCCGCUGCGGCCCGGCUCGAUCGCUGGAUCGCUGGAUUCCUGGGUCGGGAAGAGGUCUGUUUCCGAUCGUCCCCGCGGUGCGGAUCCGAGAUACAGCGAGGCAGAGGGGCGGGCGGCAGUGGCCGGGAGCAAUAACUCGGAGCCGGAACGGGAGCCGGAUCGGCGGUGGUCGGCGGGGAUCUGCCGGCGAACAGAGACCCCAGGGCCGUUGCAGCCCCAGCCCGGCCCAAAGUUGGUCCCCGCCGGGCGCGGCCGUGAGGCGGCUGCAGUGUUGUGUCGGCGCCUCCGGGUGCCGCUGUUGGGCCGCCGCCGAGCGUUGCUGGAGCCGCCGCCGCCGCCGCCUGUGCGUGCUGUCCCCGCAGGCUGCUGGCUCGGGCGGGCAGUGCGGGCCAGAGCGGCAGCGGCACGGGCAGCAGAGGCGAGAGGCGGCGCGGGCAGCAGAGGCGUGCGAGUUGGAGGCGGCGGCGGGCCGGGUUUGCUUUGUCGGGCGCUGCUGGGGCUGCGCAGAGCGGCUGCGAGGGAGGCGGGGCGGCGGCAGGAGCCUUGCGAGCUCGGCGAGCGAGCGCUGUGGGCGAUGUCGGGCGGGCGGAGGGCGAGCGGCGGGCCGGGCGGCGGGCGAGCGCUGGGGCUGGGCGCUGUGCUGCUGUGGCUGUGCUGGCGGGCGGCGGCGGAGCGGCUCCGCUACUCCAUGGCCGAGGAGCUGCCCAGAGGCUCGCUGGUGGGGCCGCUGGCCCGGGACCUGGGGCUCAGCGCCGACGAGCUGCCGGCGCGCAAGCUGCGGGUGGCGUCUGCCGGCAAAAAGCAGCUGAAAUACUUCACGGUGAGCGAGGAGAACGGGAACCUGUACGUGAGCGAGAGGCUGGACCGGGAGGAGCUGUGCGGCGAGUCGGCGUCCUGCUCGGUCAGCUUCGAGGCGCUGGUGCACAACCCGCUCAAUGUUUUCCGUGUCGAAGUGGCCAUUGAGGACGUGAAUGACCAUUCCCCGGCCUUCAGCAAGGAUGCUUUGGAGCUCGAAAUAGGUGAAUGGACGCUUCCUGGUGCUCGUUUUCCUCUGGAGAUGGCCCAAGAUGCAGACGUGGGAAGUAAUUCCCUGAUUACUUAUCAACUCAGCAGCAACCCGUCCUUCAGUCUGGCCGUGAAGGAGAUCACAAGUGGAAAGAAGCAGCCAGAAUUAGUGCUGGAGAGAGCAUUGGACAGGGAGAAGCAGAGUUCCUUUGAACUGGUGCUGACGGCAGUGGAUGGGGGGGACCCCGCGAGGUCCGGGACUGUUCAGGUUCGGGUCAACGUGACGGACUUAAACGACAACCCGCCUGUGUUCAGCAAAAACGUCUACGACGCGCGAGUGGCCGAGAAUUUGCCGGCAGGUUCGCUGGUGCUGCAGGUGCGGGCCACGGAUGCGGACGCGGGCUCCAAUGGGAGGGUCUCCUACUCCUUUGUCAACGUCCCGGCCGGAAUCCGCGAGUUGUUCUCUAUCGACCAAGAGAGUGGUGAGAUCAGGACCGAGGGACCCCUCGAUUUUGAGGAGAAGAAUAAAUACAGCUUCAGUCUGGAAGCGAGGGACGGGGGCGGACUCACUGGUCAUUGUGAAGUGCAGAUUGACGUCACAGACGAGAAUGACAACGCACCCGAGAUCACCAUUCUGUCACUGUCGAGCCCCGUGCCCGAGGACGCGCCGGUGGGCACCGUGGUGGCCCUGCUGAACGUGAACGACCCGGACUCCGGCGAGAACGGUGAGGUGUCGUGCGAGCUGUCGGGAGAGGCGCCGCUGUCGAUCGUGGCGUCGUCGGGCGGCUCUUACAAGGUGGUGACGGCGAGCGCGCUGGACCGCGAGCAGGCGUCCGAGCACCGCGUGACGGUGGUGGCCCGGGACCGGGGCAGGCCGGCGCUGUGGAGCAGCGCGGAGCUGGUGCUGCAGGUGUCGGACGUGAACGACAACGCGCCGGUGUUCGAGGAGGCGUCGUACAGCGCGUACGUGCGGGAGAACAACGCGGUGGGCUUGCUGGUGUUGCGCGUUGUGGCUCGGGACUUGGACGCGGGCGCGAACGGGCGCGUGAGCUACUGGCUGUCGGGCGGCAGCGCGGGCGCGGCGGGCGCGGCGCCGCUGGUGUCGGUGGAGGCGCGGAGCGGCGCGGUGUACGCGCAGCGCUCGUUGGACUACGAGCAGUGCCGCGAGUUCUCGGUGGCCGUGCGGGCGCAGGACGGCGGGUCGCCGGCGCGCAGCUCGACGGCCACGGUGCGCGUCUUCGUGCUCGACCAGAACGACAACGCGCCGCGGGUGCUCUACCCGCCCCCGCCGGCGGCGUCGGGAUCAUCCCCGGGCUCGGUGGGUUCGGCUUUCGAGGUGGUGCCGCGUUCGGCGUCGUCCGGGUACCUGGUGGGCAAGGUGGUGGCGGUGGACGCGGACGCGGGGCGCAACGCGUGGCUGUCGUACGAGCUGGUGCAGGCGUCGGAGCCGGCGCUGUUCCGCGUGGGGCUGCAGAGCGGCGAGGUGCGCACGGCGCGGGCCGUGUCGGAGAGGGACGCGGCCAAGCAGCGCCUGGUGGCCGUGGUGAAGGACCACGGCGAGCCGGCGCUGUCGGCCACGGCCACGCUGCACGUGGUGCUGGCCGAGAGCUUGCAGGAGGCGCUGCCGGAGCUGAGCGAGCGGGCGGCGGGCGCCGAGGCGGCGGGCGAGCUGCAGUUCUACCUGGUGCUGGCGCUGGCGCUGCUGUCGGCGCUGUUGGUGCUGAGCGUGGCGCUGGCCGUGCUGGCGCGGCUGCGGCGGGCCGGGCCGCCCGCCGUGCUGCGCUGCCUGGGCGCGCAGCGCUUGUCGCUGGCCGGCGCCGCCUUCCCGGCCGACUUCUGCGAGGGCACCUUGCCCUACUCCUACAACCUGUGCGUGGCGGCGCCGCCCCGCUUGACCGCCGAGGCCGCUUGGCCGCCGCCGCCGCUGCCCAUCGUGCCCGCGGAGGAGCUUGUGGCCGGGGAGCCCUGCGAGAAGCAGAGUCCGAGCAGCAGCGCCGUCCCGGGAGAGCCGCCCGCCGACCCCGACGCACCACAGAUCUCCGCUGUACUGGACCCGACAUUUCCAUGGCGAAUGUUCCGUCUUUUUGAGCUGCCCGUGGGCGAGGCAGGGCGGGCUGUCUCGUUGGCGCUCGGUGCGUGCAGUGCCGGGAGGAGGCUGCGGGCGCCGCUGUUGACCGAGAGGAGCGAGAGGAAGGUCGGAGCGCUGCAGCCCCGCCCGCUGCGGCCCGGCUCGAUCGCUGGAUCGCUGGAUUCCUGGAUCGGGAAGCGGUCUGUUUCCGAUCUUCCCCGCGGUGCAGAGCCGUGCUAUAGGUAGGCAGAGGGGCCGGCGACAGCAGUCUAGAGCGGGAAGUCGUAGCUGGAGCGGGAGCCGGAUCGGCCGUCGGCGGCGGGGAUCUGCCGGCGGUGUUGCGGUGCCGGCGGUGCGGCGGCGGCGAUGUGCGCGGCGGGGAGGCGCUGGGGCCGGCGGCAGCGAGUGCUGCUCUGGGGCGUCCUGCUGGCGGCCUGGGAGGCGGCGUGGGGGCAGCUGCGCUACUCGGUGCCCGAGGAGAUGCCCAAGGGCUCGUUCGUGGGCGACGUGGCCAAGGACCUGGGGCUGCAGCUGCCGGAGCUCCGAGACCGCGGCGCCCGCGUCACAGACAGAGGUAGGACGCAGUAUUUCUCUCUGCACGGCAAGACGGGACAUUUAGUGACGGCCGAGAGGAUCGACAGAGAAGACUUGUGCGAGAGUGCGGAGCCUUGCGUGCUUCACUGUGAGCUGAUAGUGGAGGGAGAAAUGAAGGUUUACCCAAUUGAAGUGGAAAUCACGGACAUUAACGACAAUGCGCCAAGGUUCCGAGAGGCAGAAAUUGUACUCAGAAUGAGUGAGACGACAGCCCCGGGGUCGCGAUUUCCUCUGGCUGAGGCUCACGACCCGGAUUCGGGACACAAUUCCCUGCAGAGCUACGAGCUGAGCGGCGACGAGCACUUCUCGCUGGCCGUGCAGACGGGCCCCGGCGGGGAUCAGCGUCCCGAGCUGGUGCUGGCGAAGGCGCUGGACCGGGAGGAGGCGGCGUUCCACGAGCUGGUGCUGAGGGCGAGCGACGGCGGCGAGCCGGCCCGGACGGGCACGGCGCGGAUCCGCGUGACGGUGCUGGACGCGAACGACAACGCGCCCGUGUUCAGCCAGGCGGAGUACACGGUGCGUGUGCCGGAGGACGUGCCCGUGGGCUCUGUCCUCGUCACCGUCACGGCCACCGACCCCGACGAGGGUCUGAAUGGGCACGUGAAAUACUCGUUAAAGAAAAUCACGGAGAAAGCCUCGAAGAUACUCCAGCUGGACCCUGAGACGGGAGCAAUCACGCUGUUGCGGAACCUGGAUUUCGAGGAAGGCGACUACUACGAACUGGAACUUCAGGCAUAUGAUGGUGGAGGGCUUUUCGACACUGCUAAAUUCGCGGUCGCCGUGACAGAUGUCAACGAUAAUGCACCCGAACUGACAGUAUCGUCGGCCCUGAGCGCGAUCUCGGAGGAUGCCCCACCCGGGACGGUGGUGGCCCUGCUGCAUGUGCACGACCAGGACUCGGGGGCCAACGGCGAGGUGCGCUGCUCCCUCGACGGCAGCCUUCCGUUCCGGCUGGAGAGCUCGCAGGGCAGCUACUACCGCGUGGUGACAGCGAGAGAGCUGGACCGGGAGCAGGAGUCGGAGUACAACGUGACGGUGCGGGCGGCCGAUGGCGGUCGUCCGUCGCUGCAGAGCAGCAGGGUGCUGUGUGUGCGGGUGCUGGACGUGAACGACAACGCGCCGGUGUUCUUGCAGGAGCGCUACAGCGCUCGUCUGUGGGAGAACAACGUGGCGGGCUUGCUGGUGCUGCGGGUGCGGGCGACGGACUCGGACUGGGGGGAGAACGCGCGCGUGCGGUACCGGCUGGGGGAGGGUGGUGUGCGGGGCUCGCCGCUGUCGUCGUACGUGUCGGUGCAGGCGGAGACGGGCGCGCUGUACGCGCUGCGCUCGUUCGAUUACGAGGAGGUGCGCGAGGUGGGGCUGUGGGUUUGGGCGGAGGACGGCGGCUCGCCGGCGCUGAGCAGCAACGUGUCGGUGCGGCUGGUGAUCGUGGACGAGAACGACAACGCGCCGCAGGUGCUGUACCCGCCGGCGGCGGGGGCUUUGUCGGGCUCGGGGUGGUCGGGCGUGGAGCUGGCGGCGCGGUCGAGCGAGGCCGGCGUGCUGGUGGCCAAGGUGGUGGCGGUGGACGCGGACGCGGGUCAGAACGCGUGGCUGUCGUACGAGCUGGCCAAGGCGACGGAGCCGGGGCUGUUCCGCGUGGGGCUGCACAGCGGCGAGGUGCGCACGGCGCGCUCGCCACUGGCCCGCGACGCGGCGCACCAGAGCCUGGUGGUGCUGGUGAAGGACCACGGGCGGCCGGCGCUGUCGGCCACGGCCACGCUGAGCGUGGUGCUGGCCGAGAGCGUGGCCGAGCUGCUGGCCGAGCUGGGCAGCGCGGCGCGGGCGGAGGCGGAGGCGGGGGCGGGCGAGGCGGGCGGCAGCCUGACGCGCUGGCUGGUGCUGGCCGUGGCCGCCGUGUCGUGCCUGUUCGUCGCCUUCCUGCUGCUGCUGCUGGCGCUGCGCCUGCGGCGCUGGCGGCGCUCGCAGCAGCAGCUGCUGGCGGCGGGCAGCGGCGCCUUGCGCGGCGUGCCGGCCACGCACUUCGUGGGCAUCGACGGCGUGCGCGCCUUCCUGCACUCCUACUCGCACGACGUGUCUCUCACGGCCGACUCGCGCAAGAGCCACCUCCGCUUCUCGGCCGCCAGCUGCUGCGACACCCUGCCGGCCCGGCCGCCGCCCGACGAGCCCGCGCCGCUGCUCGGAGACGAGGAACCUGCCGGGCCCCAACCUAGUGACCCCGCCCCUCCCCCGGUGAGUUUCUCGUACUAGAUCGUGUCCGUGACGGUUUCUUCCGCUUUUUUUGCCCUUUAUCCCCCGUGAUCUGUUUUCUGUGUAGAGAGGGUUUGCUGACAAGGAAAGCAAAACUUCAUUCAGCGAUGUGUUGAUCAGGGGUGCUUUUUGCGUUGCAGCGGUGGACGUGGGGUCGUGUCUUAGCCUUCCACUUUGUAGGGGAGGCAGGAGAAGGGAAACUGCUCUUGGCUAGAGGAUUGUGUUUUCUGCCAUUGUUACUGUAUCACUUGAUCACCACUGACCCAGAAUCUUCUGAAGGUCAGCUCCUCUUUUACAUUUAGAGUCUUGAUAUUUCUUCACUGAGAUGUAGUUGGCAAACAAAUAUUUCUUCCCCCAUAGUACAGAGCUGUAAAGAUACCUGUGUGAAGCCCAUGGGUUUUCCUGGUGCAUGUUGACAGGAAAUGGUCUGAAUAACUGGCCGUUUGAUUCAAAGUGCCUGCAAAAUAUAAUGGUCAAAAAACAACAUGCAAGUUUAGAGUGGUAGGAGGAUUCUGGUACCUGUGGGUGAGGGACUGUCAAAGGAAACAAGAUUUUGGUGCCUCUCUGUGCUAUAAUAUAAUGUGGUUUUCUCCUUCCCAAGUAAAUGAGGCCUAACAGACAUUACUCCAGCUGUGUUGAGAGCUGUGGGAUGUUCCUGCUCUGUGUUUACAAGUUAAUGCUCUGUAUUUAACUAAUUGCUUAAUACAUACUAAUGAUAAAUGCCAAAAUGGGAGCUUUGAGAGAAGGAAACUGAUUCCAUCCCUGAUUAAUAGUUGAAUUUUGUAUCUUCUCUAAGUGCCAUAACUGAGAAGAGCGUGAUGUGGUCACUUCAUUUCUGCAGAUGUUAUUUUCUUGUCUUCUUCUUUGUACGGAUCUCAAGCUGGGCCUUUGUAUUUGCUAAUAUCUGAUCACAUUGUUACAUUUCCUUGACAGUCCCAAACAUGCUUUUCAUUGCUACCUCUCUAAAGGGAAAGACUUUCAUAGAUAUGUUUCCUUAAAAUGUUAAUGGGAGAAAUUGCCUUACUUCUCACGCGCAGAUGGUAAGGAGUCAACGAUUAAGCAUGGGAAGGAGAAGUUUUGUCUGUGCAACUUUUCUUUCAGAACAGUAUAUCUGCAAAUAAUGAAGAUCAGUGAGAACCAUGCCAGCUGUAAUGAGUUUGAGGAGAUUCCUGCAGGUGCUGUGUGUGAGGAGAUACUGAUGGAGAGGAAGCUUGUGGGUUUUUAAUUCCCAGGGUCCAUUGCUGGACUACAUAAAUUGAAUGGACUCAGAUUCCAAACAGUGACAAGCUGUGAGUUCAUCGGUUUCAUUUCCUACUGCCUGUGACACUCCCUGUGAAGAGUAAUUAAACUGUUGCUGUGUUUGUCUUGAUGAGGUAAAGGUGGGCCUGUGUGUGUCCAAAACUUUAUCUGAAAAUGUCCAUAGAA